GACAGAUCUUCAGUCGGGCUUAGAGUGGGACUGUAUGUCGUCUUGCUGAAUGAGGGAUAGCGAAGUGAAAUAUUAGCCCCCUUUUCGGUGUGUGUCUGCUUUUGUUCGAUCAGGCUUGUGGGUGUGAUCGUCCCCCCCUCCCCUUCCUCCCUCACUUGGCGCUCCUCGGGUAAAAGCAACGCUAGCUGGGUCGGCUAGUUCUUCAGCUAGCGGUGUGCUCUUCGCUCAUUCCUGCCUUUCAUCGUCUUGUUGGCCGGUCAAUGCCAAAACGCAAAAAGCAAAGCCACAUUGAUUCAGAUCAAGCGCCCCAUUAGCUGGAGAGAAGUAACCGAAACAGCAGACUAAAAUGAGUGAACUGGACCAGUUACGCCAAGAGGCCGAGCAGCUAAAAAAUCAGAUCCGAGAUGCCAGGAAAGCAUGCGCAGAUGCCACGCUAUCACAGAUCACAGCUAACAUUGACCCCGUCGGACGAAUUCAGAUGCGUACAAGACGAACGCUGCGGGGUCACCUGGCUAAAAUCUACGCCAUGCACUGGGGAACAGAUUCCAGGCUCUUGGUCAGUGCCUCUCAGGAUGGCAAGCUAAUCAUUUGGGACAGCUAUACCACAAAUAAGGUCCACGCUAUUCCACUUCGUUCUUCCUGGGUCAUGACGUGCGCGUAUGCACCGUCAGGAAAUUAUGUGGCCUGUGGUGGCUUAGACAACAUCUGCUCCAUUUACAACCUGAAAACCCGCGAGGGGAAUGUACGCGUGAGCCGCGAGCUGGCCGGACAUACAGGAUACCUUUCCUGCUGUCGUUUCCUUGAUGACAACCAGAUUGUUACAAGCUCAGGAGACACCACCUGUGCACUUUGGGACAUAGAGACUGGCCAGCAAACGACCACAUUCGCUGGACACACCGGUGAUGUCAUGAGCCUCUCGCUGGCCCCGGACUCCCGGUUAUUUGUCUCUGGUGCUUGCGACGCCUCAGCUAAACUCUGGGAUGUCCGAGAGGGCAUGUGCAGACAGACUUUCACUGGCCACGAGUCUGACAUCAAUGCUAUCUGCUUCUUCCCCAAUGGCAACGCCUUUGCCACUGGCUCUGAUGACGCCACCUGCAGGCUGUUUGAUCUGCGUGCCGAUCAGGAAUUAAUGAUCUACUCUCACGACAACAUCAUCUGUGGCAUCACCUCGGUGGCGUUCUCCAAGAGCGGCCGCCUUCUCCUGGCCGGAUAUGACGACUUCAACUGUAACGUGUGGGACACACUAAAAGCUGACCGCGCUGGUGUGUUGGCUGGACAUGACAACCGCGUUAGCUGCCUGGGAGUGACUGAUGAUGGCAUGGCAGUCGCCACAGGAUCCUGGGACAGCUUCCUGAAGAUCUGGAAUUGAAGCCUGAAGAUGUUCUUUUAACUCCAAAGCCGACUGGAAGACCAUUACAACUUCAGAAUGUUCACAGCAUCUUCUCCAACACUGUUUAAACUGACUGGGACACCACAAAAAAAACAAAACAAAAAAAUUGAAGGGAAAACAAAAACCUUUCCUACACAAAGAAGAGCACAAUUGUCUAUCACCUAAUUAAGAAAGGAUCUCCUGUGGUAUCGAAUCAGAACCUUGUGCAUUCCUUCUCGGACCAUUUCAUGUUACCAAGAAAGAAAAGAGAGAGAAACAACACAAUCAUCCCCUUCACAUGUGUGUGUCUUGAAAGCAAAUGUGGGAGUGUAAUUGUACAAAUUAUUUAACUUUUUUUUUUGUUUUGUUUUUUUUUAAAGAAUUCUAUUCCGAUGGUUUGUUAUUCUCAAUGGCUUUCUUUUUGUCGUAUUUCUUUAGUGGUUUUAGAUAUGUUUGAACUACAGCCUGUCUUUCUAAUCCAGUUAAAUCACGUAUGGCAGAUGAGAGAUAAACAUGCGGAAGUAAAAGCUUGGAUCAUAUUACACGAGCAGCUUUCCAAAAUGUCUGUAUUUAUAUACUAGCCAUUUUGUUUAUUUUAUUUCCUUCAUCACAGCCUUUUGCACAUGAAGAAGCUUUGCCUCUCAACUAAUACGAUGUUAACUAACCAAGCACAUGCUAUAAGUUAUGAAUGCUCAUUCCAGUACAAAAGGAGUUAGGAGUACAUUGUCCAGUUAUAAUCCCCCCUUAAUUCCUGUACAUGCCUUUUUGACUCGGGCAGGGAAGAGAUGGUGUAGCAAAGUGGGUGCUGAGGUUAUGCGGGCAUGGCUGGUUUUGAUUCUAUGGAUGUGUGGGGGGGGAAGGGGGGGCUGUGUUUAGUAUCCACUUUUGAGUGAACCACCUCACCUGAAUAAAUAGACACUUCCUUUGCUUGGGACUGCAGUUGCAACUCUGAAUGAAAUGUACAAAUCAAUGUCUGAAAAUAAUGGUCUGAUGUUUUUAAGUUAAGACAUUUAAUUUUGUCUGACACACCUUAAUUUAGAUGUGCAUGCUGUAGACUUGCUUUCAGUGGUGCAAAAAAAAACAAAACAAACAAAAAAAAGUCAGAUUUUUUUCUUUUGGUUUCUGAAAAGGAGAGUAACCAACUGAUUGAAAGCCAGUUUUUGGCUCAAACUCUGCCUACUAAUAACUGGUAAUGCUAUGCACCAGAGUGAGCAAGAGAGGCGAAAGCUACUGUAAAAUAUGCUUACCAGUUCUAUUGAUGACAGUUUUUUAAAUAAUAUAACAAUCAUUAUGAGAAUUCUAUCCUUGGCAAGUCUUUUCUCUCCUUCACAUCUUCACUCAACGGAACAAAAAUGUACACACACACACUCACACACACACACACGCUGUCCAUAUUAGAACUUUUGUAUUUUUUCCCUAUUGGUCUUAAAAUUGAAAAUCAGAACAUCUAAAUGAUAACAUUUCACUGUAUACAAAAGCACUUUUGUUAACGUGACAUUCUCACUUUUUCGUUUCCCUGCAAUGAUGUACUUCAAUAAAUGUGAUGUAUUUUGUGUGUGGCCACAAGUGAAAAUGCAAUUCAAACUGAGAUGGAUUUCCUUUUCUCUUUCCAUUAAUAUAAUAGAGCUCUGCACCCUUAUGUAGCUUUCCACUUUUUGUAUUUCUUUUCAGUCUGUUGGUGUUCCACGGUGAGCUGGAUGCAAGAUAGAUACUGUACUAAAAUGUACUGUUAUUGAAUUGAAGAUGUAAUAAAAAGCUGUUUGAGA